AUGAGUGAUGAGAGAAUCAGAGGAGUGAAUUGUUCUGGUAUGCGUUUCAUAUAUUAUGCGUGGGCCUUCUUCAUUUCAUUCUUAAGCCUCCAAGGAGCAAUCAUCGGUAUGCGGCUCGAGAAGGAAUACAUGAUUAGGUAUGCCAUAAUGUGCGGUGUGACUGUGGCGUACGUUGGUAUGUUAAUAAGGUGCUUGUUCAAAGAUGUUCCAGUCCCAAAAUAUCGAAUUGGACUGGAAGGGAGGGUAGGGAUCCUCUGGGUCUUGAUGAUAUAUAUAUAUCUCAGCACACAUUAUUGUCAUUGCAAGGACAAAAUAGUGCCGGUAGCCAUUGGCCAUCUUGUUUCAGUCGGAGGGCUUUCGCUCAUGCUACUCGCUUGGCCGGCAGAAGAUUUUAAUGGGCUGCAGAUUAUAGUUAUCAUAUUUGUUGUAAACGGGUUUGGUAUUCUAUGUUACUUUCAAUCCUUUUCAGUAUUCAUAUUUAUUCCAAUUCUCCUCUUCUCUUCUUUAUUAGUUACUAGCGAGUGUUCUCCGAGGAGACAAGUUAUAAAUUUGUGA